UAGUUGACAUGUUGUUUUUGUAGCUUUUGCCGAUGAGUCAGAAAAGUGAUUAUGAACGUGUUAGCGAGUAGAACAAGUUUUGUGGCUCAACAACCGGAAAGCGCUUCUACACCGGCAUAAUCACCAUCAACAACAACAACGAUAUCUCUUCGUAUCAUUAUAAUAUUUUCUUUUAAUCCUUCCGGCGCCACUUGUUUCGCCUUUUACAAAUUUAAAUUAUGAUAAUCGCGUUCGCCGGAGAAAAAAGCGAUUAUAAAACGUGCGGUGAACAACCUCAUCAUAACUAAACGGAAUCGAAAAAAAAUGGGUAAAAAACAAUCGUUGCGGAGUAAAGCAGUUCAUCUUGUUUCGGAUCUCACCACUGUUCUUCUCAACCCUAUUUCUGACCAUAACAGACCCUCUCUUCCUCUUUCUGAAGAAGAAGAGGAUGAUGGUGAGUUAAAGGGAAGUGAAUCAGAGGUUGAAGGACCUGAUACGUCGUCGUUUACUGCGUUUCUUUAUUCGUUUUUGUCGUCGUCUGAUUCUGGAGAUAAUAGUGUAAUUGAUGAUGUGAGUGUGGUUGAAAAUGAUGACCUAAUGAAUGAGAAUUUGGUUGUUAAGAAGGGUUUGUUAUCUAGAGGUAAACAAUCACUUGGUAAAGCUAUUUAUCUAGCUGCUAAAAUGGGUGGAUUUCGAACUCAGGAGCAUGGGAGGGAUAAUUUUGAAAGUGAUGGGUGUGGUGUUGAGAUGAAACAUAUUCAGCCGUUGAAAGAGGUUCCUGGUGUGCCUUUGGUUGAUUGUUUGCCGGAUAUUUCGGAACCUUCGAUGUUGAUUUCGAAUAGUUUGAGGAAUGUGGUUUAUGAUUCGCUUCCGUCUCUUAUUCAUGGGAGGAAAUGGUUAAUGAUGUACAGCACUUGGAAACAUGGGAUAUCACUUUCAACACUUUACCGGAGAAGCAUGCUUUGGCCUGGACCGAGUUUGCUGGUUGUUGGAGACCGGAAAGGAGCAGUAUUUGGUAGCUUGGUUGAAGCACCCCUUCGACCAUCCAUCAAGAGAAAAUACCAGGGAACAAACAGUACAUUUGUUUUCACAAAUAUCUCUGGUAAUCCCGUUGUAUAUCGCCCAACAGGAGUAAACCGUUACUUCACACUUUGCACCACUGACUUUCUAGCUUUUGGCGGGGGAGGUCAUUUUGCACUUUAUUUGGACGGUGAUCUAUUGAACGGGUCAAGUUCCGUCUCUGAAACUUACAACAAUCCUUGCUUAGCACAUUCUCCAGAAUUUCAAGUGAAAGAAGUAGAGUUGUGGGGCUUUGUAUUUCCUUCAAAAUAUGAGGAAAUAUUGAAAUUGAGCAGAACAGAGGCACCUGGGAUCUGUCGCUGGUAAAUAUAUGUGAGUAUGUAUCAGAUAUAAGUCAAAGCCUUGCAGUUUGCAUUUUACUGAAUGAUCAUGCUGAGUCACAAGCCUGAGAAUUUCUGCUAUUAAGCGAAGUUGAUAGACAAUAUGAUGCAGAAAUUGUAUGAAUCAAACCUUAUUAUCAUCAUGUAACAUGCUUGUAAAUAUUUGCAAGGCUGUAUGUUGUACAUAUAGAGUCCAUACCCUUUAUAAAAUGGACCUAUUUUUGUGUAGGAUAAAAAUUGGAGUAAAUUUUAAGUGUUUGCAUACUUAAAGCAGUUAAAGGAAAAUGAAGGAUAACCACAUCUUUUUGUUA